GAAUGGAUCUGUGCUGGAGCCGAGCUCUCUGCCCCCGUCAAGGGUACAGCAUCAUGUUGUGCUGGGAGGACUUUCCUGCGUGGCUCUUUGAAUGGCUCCAUCACCCGCUGAGGUUGUGGCACAGGCAUGGAUAACUUCGAGUACAGCAUCCAGCUGAACGACAGGGAGUGGGCUGAGUUCCUCUCGGCGUCGGAGGAAUGCGCCCUAGCGCCGGCCGCCCUGGCCACGGCGGAGGAGCAGUGUCUCAGUGACAUUGAACAAGGGGACGGCGUCCCGGGGAGGGACUGCACCGCCGGGCAGCUCGCAGAGAGGGUGGGCAACAAGCCAGGGCCAGGCUGGGGACACUCUGCCCCACGUGGGGUGGCCACAGACACCUCCCUGCGCUGGCCCGGCGGCGGCCACCUCUCCCCGCCGGAGCUGCUCUCGGGCAGCGAGGACGAAACGGACCUGGGCUCGGUGGGCAGGUUCUUGUGUGACGGCGACAAGCCCGGCUGCCCUGCCUUGUCUCCGAUGCCCAGCGCCCAGAGGAGGCAGCCCUCCUGUCCCCCCGCGGCCGCCCGGGCCGGCCCGGCGGGCACAGCCCCGGGCAGCGCCGGGCAGGACGCGCCAUGUGAAGCAGCAGCGGCCGCGGAGCCGGGAGCAGCCGGCGGCAGCCAGGCCAUGGAGCCUCCCAGCUGCACGGAUGGAAAAAGAACCCCUGAACGUGGAAAGGAUGCGGGAGAGGAGCAGCCCCGCGGCAGCCCGCUGCUCGCACAGCCCCCGGUACCGGGCAGCUCACCGGCACUGGCCAGGAAAAAUCCCAGCAGCGCUUCCCGCCCGGAGCCUGGGAUACAGGGAUCCCCGCGGGACCCAUCCCUGGAGACUGCGGCCAGAGCCCGGGAGGAGGCGAGCGGGGACAGGGCAGGCACCCAGCCGAGCUCCCCGGCGGGCUCCCCGGACGUGGUGAGGCCCAAGGUGCCAGGACAGCCGCGGAAGAGCCGCAAGCAGCGCGGAGCCGCUGCCAGCGAGGCAGCCCCGGGGGACAGGGAGCCCGCGGGGGCUGCGGCACAGGGGGCUGGGGCUCCCGUGAAGGCCCCUUUAAGCUCACCAGCCUCCUCACGGAAGAGCAAAGGGAAGGAGAAGGCAGCCAGGCCAGCUCUUGUGAAGCUGGGGAGCGAGGAGGGAGGGGAGGGCAAACGGCCGGUGCCCGGCCCCGGCACGGAGGAGGGCGAUCCGGCUGUGAGCGCUUCCCCGAAGCAGAAGGUGAAGGAGCUGGGGACACAGCCCCCGGGGAAGGCCACGGCCACCAAGCAAUCAAAGCCAGGGCAGGCUGGUGGCUUGGGCGUAGGUGACACUGUGCCAGUGAUCCCUGCCAAUGGAGCUGUGGCUCCUCUGGGUGAUGCGUGCCAGGAGGUGCUGGGGAAGCCUCUCCAUCCCAAGAGUGUGGUGGCUUCUGGAAGGGAUGGGGCUGGGGGAGCUCAUGGGGAGCCUGCAGCCAAGACCCCUGUGGAGCUGGAUCCUCCAGGCAAGGCAUGCCAGGAGGUGCUGGGGAAGCCUCUCCAUCCCAAGAGUGUGGUGGCUUCUGGAGGGGAUGGGGCUGGGGGAGCUCACUGGGAGCCUGUUGCCAAGACCCCUGUGGAGCUGGACCCUCCAGGCAAGGCAUGCCAGGAGGUGCUGGGGAAGCCUCUCCAUCCCAAGAGUGUGGUGACUUCUGGAAGGGAUGGGGCUGGGGGAGCUCAUGGGGAGCCUGCAGCCAAGACCCCUGUGGAGCUGGGGCCCCCGUGCUGUGCAGCCGAGGCCCCUGCAAGGGCAGACACCCUGGAUGUGACUUGGCCCGAGAUGUACGAGUAUUUGUUCUGUGACUCCCAAGGGGAAGAAGAAGGAAUGGAGGACUCUCUGGAGGGGAACACAACACCCUUGGAAAGGGAAAUAUCCUUGCCUGAACUGUAUGAGUAUUUUUUCAAUGAACCAGAAGGAAACAGGAAAAAAGCCAAGGGUAAAGAUAGGAAGCGAAAGAAGUUCAGCAGCUUGGACCAGGCUUGGCUGGAAAACGAGGAUCCUGACUCGGCUCCCAUCAAAGACUCCCUGGUUAUCUCAGUCCCUGAGGUGUCCAAACACUUCUUUCAGGGUGGGCCUGAGAACAGGGCAGGCUGGAGAGGGAUCUUCCCAAUCGCUCCAGCCUCUGAGGUGAAGAAAGCUGUGGGGGCUUUGAAGUCCCUCCUGCAAAGGCCGAUGCAGCUGGUGAGAGGCCAAGCCCCAGCUGCCCAGGCUCUCGUGCGGAGGGGAUCUGGAGAGAAACUUGCCCUCGUCCCUCUGGCUCCACUGGGAAGAGGCCAGGAGCAACCAGAAGGGUUGGACAUGGCUCUUGCACUGACAGGGACGCCCGAGGUUCCGCUGGCGCUGACCCACAAAGACAUGUGCCUGGUCUUCUGUGCCUUUGCCUCCUGGGCAGUGAAGACCUCCGACCUGCAGGCUCCAGAUGCCUGGAAAACCAUGUUCCUGGCAAGUUUUGGCACCCUCUCUGCCAUCCGCUACUUCAGAAGGCAGGUCAGAGAAGGACACCCCCGGGUCUAGGCUCUGCACACCAGAGGUGCUUCCCAAGGACAUGCCAGGAUGGUGGAGGUGGAGACUGAGGACUUUGUUCUUGGGCAGUGUGAGAAGCCUGGAUCCCAGCACCAAGACUUCUCUGGACCCAUCCCUAAAGAGGACAGAUGUCACAGGGAGCAGGAUCCUUCCAGUGACAGUCACUUGCAAUACGGUAGGCGGUUUGUACCCGUGCUGGACAGAAGAGGAGCCCAGCCUGGGCUCUGGUCUUUCUUUGCACAACUUCUUGCAUAUUUGUGCCAUCUCCUAGGAGUAGUCACAGUGUCUGUUCCAGGGCGCUGCUUGUCCGUCCUCCCUGCUGCAGCCACCUGGUGGCAAAGGAGGACAUGGAGGGAGGGGAGAGCAAAAAGAAACCAGGAAAGGGCUUCGUUCCCAUGAAAAGGUUGGGGUGCCUGUGAAGGACAAGAGGAGAAAGCUUUGGGGAAGAGCUGUCUCUGUCCAAACAUGGUCCUUUGCUAAGCAUGUGCUGGCUGCGUGCAGCUGGCUGGGCAGGAGGAUGGAGAGGCCACUCACUUGGCAAGGCCCAGGUCUCCUGUGACUGGUUUGGCUCACUGCAGGAGGACUCAUCCUCUUGGAUUUCACUCCAAGAAGUCACAGCUUGGCCUAACGGUUCAGGAGGCUGAGAUAGGGUUUCCUGGUGCAUGUGGUGGCCUCAGCCCUGCUGAGCCAGAGCUGUGGAUGUGGUGUUUGUCCCAGAGGGUGAAGAGCACCCACCGCAAGGACACGUCUCCCAUGGGCAGGGGUCAAGCAGCCAGAGCCAGGGAAAGGGGCAGCUGGGGAGGGUGCUGUGGGAUGGAAAGGGGCUGCAGGGGCAGCAGGAAGUGGGGCUGAGCUCUGGGAAGCCUCAGGAAAGAGCCCUGAUGAGAACAGGAGAGCGUUGGAGAGGAGGAUGUACGUGUUUGGCUCUAAGAAUCAUCAGAUGAAGGGUCUAGAGAGAUAGACCAGGCUGGGAGGAGAUGGGGAGUGAGGAGCUGCCAUGGCUGAGUGUGCAGCCUUGUGGGGCUGGGGAGGGUGGAGGGACCCAGGAUGGAAGGUGGGGUGAAAAAUGAAAAGUAAGUGGUUCAGGUUCUUCACUGUCUCUAGUGCCUUCCUGAUCACUCAAGGGCAUUAUUCAUGAGGGGUUUUCUUCACUCCCAAGUCUGAUAACAGCAUGAAUGUCAGGUUUGUUAAGCACUUAGGGACCAGAUCCACAAGGGUACUGGGGGAAAUCUGCCCAGAAGACCUGUGUGGAUCUGCCUGUGAGCUUUACAGGAACAGUCUGUGGCAACGUUUGUCUUAGGAAACGAGGGAGAAGAGGUUUAGCUCCUUCCUUGUGCUGCAGAGUGCCAUGCAACUUUAAUGUGUGGGAGGUUGUACUUAAGACCAUCUAUUAUUGCUGAUAAGAGAGCAAACUACCGUUGUACAGUGAGAUACGUGGCAGUGAAUAGCAAGAAAGAGGGAUGUUCAGGGUCUCUUUGGACUGUAGUAGCUGGAUGUCCAGUAAGAGGAGUUUUGUGGAGGAGGAGAACACAUAACAUAUGCUGGAAGCUUCUAAUAAACAUCUAUCUCAUGUAA